CAUCAAACUAGGACCCACAGCUCGGGAGAGCACACGGAGAGGACAUGGACGACUACGACUACGGGAACUCCACGGAUGACUACCGCGAUUUGAUAGUGGAAGGCCCCUCGGCCCUGGGCCCGCCCCAGACGGCCGCCCUGGUGUGCUACGGCCUGGUGUUCCUGCUGGGCGUCCCCGGCAACGCCGUGGUGGCCUGGGUGACGGUGUUCCGCAUGCCGCGCUCCGCCAACACGCAGUGGUUCAGCCACCUGGCGCUGGCCGACCUGCUGUGCUGCCUGUCGCUGCCCCUGCUGAUGGUGCCUCUGGCCCGGGACCAGCACUGGCCCUACGGCUGGCUGGGCUGCAAGCUGCUGAGCGGCGUCUUCAACCUCACCAUGUACUGCAGCGUGCUGCUGCUGGUGCUCAUCAGCCUGGACCGCUGGCUGCUGGUCAGCCGGCCCGUGUGGUGCCAGAACCAUCGGACGGCGCGGCGGGCCGGCUGGGCCUGCCUGGGGGUGUGGGUGCUGGCGCUGCUCCUCAGCCUGCCGCACGCGCUGCACAUGGAGGAGCGCGUCAUGGGCCGCGCCAAGGUGGUGUGCGAGAGCCCGCCGCUGACGCGCGCGGUGGCCUGGACGCUGGAGGCCCUGCGCUCCGUGCUGGGCUUCGCGCUGCCCUUCCUGGUCAUCGUGGCGUGCCACGGCGUGGUGUACUGCCGGACGGUGCGGGGGGCGGGCGGCGCGCGGUCGCCUCGCACGCUGCGGGUCAUCUGCGCCGUGGUGGUCAGCUUCUUCGCGUGCCUGCUCCCGCUCCACGUGACCAGCCUGGCGGCGCUGCUGGUCCCGGCCGACUCCCCGCGGCGGCCCGGCGUCAGGCUGGCCGGCGUGCUGACGCUGUGCCUGGCCUACUUCAACUGCUGCCUCAACCCGCUGCUCUACGUGUGCCUGGGGCGCAGCUUCAAGGACAGCCUGAGGCGCUCCGUCCGAGGCCUCUUCAGCUUCCUGGGCGAGGAGCCGGCCCGCGGGGCGCCCGGCAGCGUCAACACCAAGAGCACCAGCGACAACCUCCAGGAGAAAAGCGUGUAG